AUGCGUCUCCGUUUGUUGCUGACUGUCCGAGCUGAUUCACCGAACGACGAUUUCCUAAACAAAAUGGAAGAUCGCGUGGCAACUAACCGAUUUGGCGUCUCGAACUCUUACUUCAUUCCCAGCAGCUUGCAAGCUAUCUAUUUUGUCUUGCAUUCUCUUGUUUCUUUGUUGGAGAUCAGCAAUGACGCGAUUCGAUUGGUCGAGCUGCUCUUGGAACGCAUCGGCGUGCUUUUGAUAUUCGAGCGCAUGACGACAGUGACCAAUGGGCUACAACGCAACAACGCGCUUUGA